AUGCAGCCUCCACGAGGGAGUAUCGUCGUCGCCGCCGCAGUCUUUGCAACUGUCAUCCAAGUGUUUUCCACGGCAAACUCCCUCCAAGAAGCUGAUAAAAUCACAAGGUUGCCAGGUCAACCACAAGUCAGCUUCCAGCAAUAUGCAGGAUAUGUAACUGUGGAUGAAAAGCAAGAGAGAUCUCUUUUUUACUACUUUGUUGAAGCACAAAUUGAUCCUGCUUCCAAGCCUCUUGUUCUUUGGCUCAAUGGAGGUCCGGGUUGUUCAUCUAUUGGAGUUAGAGCUUUCAACGAGAACGGACCUUUUCAACCAAGCGGAGACAUUUUACUCAAGAACGAUUUUAGUUGGAAUAGAGAAGCAAAUAUGCUAUACUUGGAGUCACCAGCAGGAGUAGGCAUCUCCUACUCAGCAAACAAUCAUUCUAUGGCUUUUAAACACGUACAUUCUGAUCAUGUUCCGAUUCUCUUCUUUUUAGCACGAGAUAAUCUCAAGUUCCUUCAGCGCUGGUUCGACGAAUUCCCCGAGUAUAAAAAUAGGGAUUUGUUUAUCACAGGACAGAGCUAUGCAGGCCACUAUGUUCCACAGCUUGCACAACUCAUUAUCCAAUCAAAACUGAAGUUCAAUCUGAAAGCAAUAGCAAUUGGCAAUCCUCUUUUCGAAUUCAAUUCUGAUAUCAACGCACCAGCAGAAUACUGGUGGUCACAUGGAUUAAUAUCGGAUGCGACCUUCAAAAAUUUGACUUCAGUCUGCAACUAUUCUGAAAUUAUUAGACAGGCGGUAAUUCGUGGUGGUCCACUUAUCCCUGCUUGUGAUGCAGUAGCGAACCAAGUUGAAAGAGAAGUCCCUAGACAUUUGAUCAACCAAUAUGACGUUACUCUCGAUGUCUGUUUAUCAUCCGUUGAAGCUCAAUCUUUCCAACUGCGAAAAACAGUGAAGAUAGAUGUCUGUAUCGGAGAUGAAACAGUUACAUACUUAAACCGACCAGAUGUACAGGAGGCGCUUCAUGCCCGAGUCACAAAUUGGACAACUUGCAGCAAGUAAUCAUCUCAUCUCAUUUGAAUCACUGAUGCACGUAA